AUGGUCCAGCCUAAGUCACACCGUGUAUGGGUACUUAACAAUAGUCACACCGGCUACAGGACCAGGAUCAGAUACACCGGGGAGGACUCGCCAUCACAGACAGGAGAGCUGAGGUUUACCAUCUACAAUGUUACUGUACAGGACGCUGAGCAGCCAACCAGACCUACCAUCACCGAACCUGCCUCACCUGUAUCAGGUGAGAAUGUCACCCUGACAUGCUACUCCUUCUCCCGGAGUCUGCCCCCGGACCAUCCCCCACUGACCAUGACCUACAUCUGGAGGAGGAACAGGACCCGGGUAGAAUCUGGCGAUUGGUCUCCUACAGGUGGAGAUGACCUGACCAUAACCCACAUCAGCAGAGAGAACCAUGGAGACAUCUACAGCUGCCAGGCCGUGGAGGGGGGGCUGAAGUCUAACUGGAGUCACAGACAUGUACUGGAUGUUCUCUAUGGACCUGGUCAGAUACAGUUUAACGGCACAAGUGACAAGCUGGAGGUAGAAGAAGGGGAAACCUGCAGCUGUGAGAUGUUCUGCUGACUGUAACCCUGCCUGUACUGUAACCUGGUGGGACAUCUCCAGACAGAUGGUGAUUAGAGGACAGGGGGGAGGCUGUGUUGUCUAUACCAGCUGUAGAUGUACCUGUGUCUGGACUGUACACGUGUCACGUCAACAACACACAUUGGAGUGCAUCACGGAACCUGACGCUGGAGG